AUGAAAAUUCCGAAUAAUAUGAAUAAUAAUUAUAGUAAUAAUAACAGCAGUAGUGGUAAUAAUAAUAACAGUAGUAGUGGUAAUAAUAAUAACAGUAGUAGUCGUAAUAACAGCAGUAGCGGCAAUAAUAACAGUAGUGGUAAUAACAGUAUUAGUAGUAUUAAUAAUAGUAGUGGUAAUAUUAUUAGUAAUAAAAGUAGCAGUAAUAUUAAUAGUGGCAAUAAUGAGAAAUAUACAAAUACCAGGAACAAUUCCAGUAGCGUCAUAAACAGUAAUUUGAAUUUGCUUAUAGGUAUAAACAAUAUACCGAAUAAUAUGAGCGCCACACCCAAAAGUGUUAUGAAUAAUAAUAUUAAUAAUAUUCCAAAUAGUAUAAAUGCAUUAACGAGUAAUUUGAAUAAUAUGCACAAGAUGCACAGUAACGUCAAUAAGAUACAAAGCAAUUUAAAUAACAUGCCGAAUAAUAUGAGUAAUAUAGCUAGCAAUAUAAAACAUCCCAUGUCAAAUAGUUUGAACAGCAUGGUAGGUAGUAUUAAUAACAUACCGAGUAGUAUGAACAACAUUCCGAGUAGUAUGAACAACAUGCCGAGUAGUAUGAACAACAUUCCGAGUAGUAUGAACAACAUUCCGAGUAGUAUGAACAACAUGCCGAGUAGUAUGAACAACAUGCCGAGUAGUAUGAACAACAUGCCGAGUAGUAUGAACAACAUGCCGAGUAGUAUGAACAACAUGCCGAGUAGUAUGAACAACAUGCCGAGUAGUAUGAACAACAUGCCGAGUAGUAUGAACAACAUGCCGAGUAGUAUGAACAACAUGCCGAGUAGUAUGAACAACAUGCCGAGUAGUAUGAACAACAUGCCGAGUAGCAUGAACAACAUGCCGAGUAGUAUGAACAACAUGCCGAGUAGCAUAAGCAACAUGUUGAGAACUAGGGGUAAUAUGCCGAGCAGUAUGGGAAAUCUAACCAGUAGUAUAAAUAACAAGCUGGGCAGUAUGAAACAUCCUGUGAGUAAUUCUAACGCAAAAGUAGUAGUAAAUAAUAAUGACAACAUGCCCAACGAAUUGAAUAUGAACAAAAACUUGAAAAUGAACAGCGCAGAUAUAGCUAAUAAUAAUAAUAAUAGUAGUACUAAUAAUAUUAAUAACAGUAAGAAUAAUAUUAACAGUAGCAGUAAUAGGAAUAUGAACCAACUAAUUAACAAGAGUAGCGUCGGAUUAAGAGAAAAUGUAGUGAACAACUUAAAUUAUAAUAAUAAUAGUAUGAAUUACAGUAUGAAGAACAAUAAUGUAGACAUAAAUAAUAAAUUAAAUAAUAAGGAAAAUAGAGGACAGUCACCAGAUAAUAACUCUGAAGGUAUUAUAAAAAAGAGAAAUAAUAAAAUGAUUAUUAACAAUAAUAUGAACAGUAGCAGCCAUUUUAUUGGUUUAGAUCCUGUAAGCACAAAUAGAUUUUUUGUAAAUGAUAUGAAAAAUGUAGAGAAUAAUAUACGUCCAAUAAAUAAUAAAAUUAGUAAUAUGAAAGAAAAUCAAAAUAAUAUGCCUCAUAUUAGGGAAAAAUAUCUAUUAAAUAAAAAUGAGAAAAAUAAUAUGUGCAUUUCGACCAAGAAGUUUAAUAAUAUCAACAAAGCAAAUAAUUCUGGUAUGUUAAAUAGCUCUGGUAUGUCAAAUAAUACUGGUAUGUUAAAUAGCUCUGGUAUGUCAAAUAAUACUGGUAUGUUAAAUAGCUCUGGUAUGUCAAAUAAUACUGGUAUGUUAAAUAGCUCUGGUAUGUCAAAUAAUACUGGUAUAUCAAAUAUCACUAGUAUGUCUAAUAAUAAUGGAAGUAUUAAUAACAACAGUGAGCAUCCUCGAAGUUUAAAAAAUGUAGAUAACUCGUUAAUGUACAAUGCUUAUAAUGUAAAUUCCAUCAAUACUAAAAAUAUAAAUAAAAUGUACAGUUUUAAUAAUAUUAAUAGUAGUAACAAUAAUGGUAUUAACAGUAAUAGUAUUAACAAUAAUAGCGUUAAUAGUAAUAGUACCAGCAAUAUUAGUAAUAAUAAUAUUAGUAAUAACAGCAGUAAUAAUAAUAUUAAUGACACGAAUCAUUUCGGCGUACAACCCAAGAAAGAUAACAAAUUGAGCAGCAAACCAAAGGAUACAGAUUACAAUGGUAAAAAUAAAACUGCUAAUGUACUCAUUAAUGAAGAGGCAAAUUUCAAGCUUUAUGGUGUUAAUAAUAGUGGAAGCAGUAACAACAAUAUUAGCAAUAACAUUAAUAACAGCAAUAUCAGCAAUAACAAUAAUAACAACAAUAUCAAAAAUAUCAGCCAUAAUAAUAAUAUCAUCGGAAAUGAAGCCAAAAAGGCUUUUAUACAAGCGAAUAAUAUGUUUGAUGCUAAAACUUAUAGGAAUAUAGAAAAUUUUAAAAAUAUCAAUGAUGAGAAAAAUGUAAGAUAUAACAAUUUAAGUGAAAUGGACAAUUCAAUUAAAUUUAUUCCUGAAAAUGCAAAUCUUUCUUCGUCCAUGUUUCACAAAAUGAGCGUAAAGAAGCAAAUUAUGAGUAUGAAAAAUGGUGGUGCGUCGAACAGCCAUUUGGCUAAUAACAAAUUAGGGAAUAUCAACUUGAGUGUCAGCAUGUCGAACAGCAGUAUAGCGAAUAACAUCUUGACGAACGGCGGACUGGCAAACAACGUAGACAACGCGGGUGUGUACAAAUUGAGCGUGAACAAUGAUAAGGAAAGCGCGAAAGAUGCAUUUAACCAUAUGAGCCAAACAAAUAUGAUGAAAGAUAUGUUAAAAGAAAAUAACAAGUCGAAACUCUAUGCAAAAAAGUACAAAAAUAGCAAUAAAAUUUUGAAGUCACUUGAUCAGCAAAAUAUAAAAUCGCCCAAAAUACAUAAAAUGGACCGAGCUUAUAUAAAUAAAAAAAUAAAUAUUAACGGUGGAAGUAGUCCGUCCAUGCAUAUAAACCAAAAUAUGACAUAUGAAGAAUUAAAAAAAAAAAAAAAUACUACUGCCCCGUUAGAUAAUAUUGGAAGUAACAGUAUGCCUUAUUUAAGUGGGCAUCCUUCGUUAGAACGGAAUAUCAGCACACCUAACAAUUUCAACAGCGUGAGCUACAUCAACAGUGACAUUAUGCACAGUAAUAUCAACAAUAGCAAUGAUGUAAAUAUUAGUGCAAAAGAUAACAACAUUAACAGUAUUAACAGAAUUAACAACAUAAACGUAAGUAAUAACAAUAAUAACAUCAAGGAUAGGGAAAAAGGUACAUUAAUUUUGUUUGACAAAAAUAUGAAUUCAGAAUUGAAAAAUAGUAUGGAAGUUUUUAAAAGAAGUGGACAAGAAUUCGAGGAAAAAACGAAAAAAAAAAAAAGAAGAGAAAAAAAGGAAGAAAAAAAUAAAGGGAAAAAAUUGGAAGCAUCUAAAAACGAAAGAAUGGCAACAACACCAUUUGAAGAUAAUUACAAAGAGAAAAAGAAAAAUUUCGAUUACAAUAACCAUUUAUUAAAUUUUAAUGAAAAUAAUGAACAAAAUACCUUUACAAGAGCCCCUUUCAGUACGAUACAUACAGGACAUAAUGAUAAUGAAGAUAAUUAUACGAAAGAAAUAAGAAAAAUUUCAAAUUUAAAUUUAAAUAUGAACAUAAAAGAGGAUGACAAUUAUGUAUAUAAUAAAAAGAAAGGUCCACUCGAAAAUUAUGAUAAUAUGAACAAUGAUUUGUCAAAAGUAUUUUUAGAUAAAGAAAAAAAUAUGUACAAAGAAAUUGAUGUUGGUCAUGAAGAUGAUGAUUUAAAAUCUUCAAAAAAAAAAAAAAAAUAUAGCGAAGUUUAUGAAACUUUAUCUAACUAUUCAAACGAGCGUAUGGGAAGUGAUAAAAAGUUGAUAGCUUUAACAAAAUUAUUUGGAAAUGUAAUUGAUGAAGAUGACCACGCUAAUAAUAACGAAAACAAUAGUGUUAGCAAUAAUGUUAGCAAUAAUGUUAACAAUAAUGAUAACAAUAAUGAUAACAAUAAUGAAAGCACUAAGAUAUCAUCACCCUCAUUAAGAAAUCAUCACGUGAGAAGUGUUAAUCGUUUUGAUUUAGAAUAUUAUAAGAGUAUGUCACUAGAUACCUUGUUAAACAAUUUAAAUUUAGAUAAAGAAAUUCUGAACAUAUUAAAGGAUAAAAUAAAUAACAUUAAUAGAAAUAUUAACGUAACUAUACGAUCUUCUCCCAUGGAAAAACAAGUAGAAUGUGUAGAAAAGGAAAAUUUUAAUUUACCAAGUUUAAUUCAUAUGUUUGAUGAAUUUAUUAAUUGGUGUGAAAAUAAUUUAAGUCAAAUUAAGUUACAGUUGUAUAAUGUUGCCUUCUGUUUGUUAUUAGAAAUUUAUAUAUUGUUACUAACCAGCAGUUAUGAUACUUUGGUUCAGUUUAAAAACAAAUAUUUAAAAAAAUUUUCUGCAUAUGAACCAGUAACAAAAUUCUUAUCAAAUUGUGUUAGCUUAAGUCAAAUGUUUGAGAUAUCGCUAAUUCGUUUUAAAGAAAAAGAUGCCAAACAUAUAGUGUACAUGACAAAAUUAGGAAAGAAGUCCCUGCUGCAUUAUUUAAGCGUGUAUGGAGGUGUUUCACUUUACAACUUAAUUACGACAAAAAUAAAAAUAAUACAAGUUGAUGACUCUGAAAGGAAUUUUAAUUUCUUUUAUUCCUUUGUAUCGACCAACUUCGUUUAUAAUAUAAAAUUAAGCUUUCCUGUUCAGUGGAAUUUGCCCCCCAUAUACUCUCUUAAAGACGAAAUUGCAGAGGAUGACAACAGUAAAUUAGUAAAGGAAAAGGAAGAAAAUGCGUAUGUACCAAAUGAAACUAGUGACGCAUACUACUACUAUAAGCACAUAAUAAGGACACAAGUGAGAAAUAGAUUAAAAGUUACAAAAAAUAGAAUGCCCAGUAUGUUAUAUUACUGCCUGAACAAUUGCAACGACAUGACGUGUGCAGAAAUUUCAGGAUUUGAUGGAUCAUUAGUUGCAACAGCUCAUACAAAUAAUAUAAUCAAAUUGUGGAAUAUUAAACAAUCACAAAUAAAUAAAAUAAAAAAUAAAAAAAGAGAUAUGGAAAACAGUAGUAUAGUAGAUCCAAGUGAUAUUAGAAAAUAUGAUCAUUUAAAAGAAAUUAAUACAAUAUCUAUUGAUUUAGAUGAUCAGGAGGAAAAUGAAAUAUCGAAAUUGUAUGGUAAUAUAUUUAAUGUUUCUAGUUUAUGUUUUGGUGAAACAAAUAAAAUUUUAUUAUCAGGUAAUGUAAAUGGAGAUAUAUAUUUAUACAGUACUAUUAGUAAUAAAAAUUAUGUGAAAUAUGUAGGAGGACAUACCCCCAUAUGGUAUCUUGAUACGGCCUUUUUAGGUUAUUUUUUUUGUUCAUGUGAAGAUGAUGGAAAUUUAAGGAUCUACUCAACUAAUAAAACCUACCCCUUUAUUACGUAUAAAUAUAAUUCCACUGCCAACAUUUGUAAAUAUCACUACAAUAGCACGCUUGUAGCUUGCGGAUAUUUCGACAAUUAUGUACAUCUAUAUGACGUAAGGGUAAAUUCGUUCAUCAAGCGGUUUAAGAAUAACUAUCCGAGCAGUCAAGGAGUAACUUCAUUAUGUUUUUCCAAAAACGGGAAAUUACUUUCGUAUGCAGGUGGUUAUACGAAUAAUAUAAAUCUUAUUGACUUGGCAACUGACAAAUAUAUUAACGUGGAAUCAAAGAAUACUAUUGGUACGAAUCAGCUUGAGGAUACCCCAUAUUUUCAUACAACUAAAUCGUUUGAUAGUUAUAUAGAUAAUAAUUUUUUAAACAAAGAAUAUGCAAAAAAAGAAAAUGGCAAAUCGAAAACUAUAAGUAGUAUUGAUUACUAUGAAGACAAAAUUUUAAAUAUGGACUUCAGUUAUGAUAACAAUCUGUUAGUUUCUAUGUCUUCUAACAGUCUCAUUGAUUUUUACAAUUGUUCAAAAGCCUCAAAAGAAACAAAGAGUUCCGUAGAAAACAAAAGGAUAAAAUUAGAAAAGUCCCCCAAAAAAAAUAAUCCAUAUGUUAAGUUAUCAAAGUCGUAUGGAGUUAAUUAUUCAAAUUUAAUAUCAGCAAAAUUUACACCAGAAAACGCUCUUCUCUUAUUUGGAAUUAAUGCUUUAAUAUGA